CUGUCUUCUUAAUUAGCCUUUUCUCUCUCUCUCAAAGUCGCUUUCGCUUUUUUACAAGUGACAGCAAUUACCGCCAGAAGGAAGUGAAGCUGAAAUAAGAAAAACAAAAACACCAAACCCAAAUGAAAAUGCACUCUCUGCAGGCCCCCCUUUCUCUGUUUCUUCUUCUCCUCCAAAAGCCUCCCUAGUACGCAAUUCAUCAUCGCUCCCUCACCAUUUUCUUCUCUUUUUCACCAGUUUUCUUUCAGUACCCAUGUUCUGCUAUUUUGCUCCUCUGUUACUGAAAAGAACACUAUCAGGAAAAAAGGAAAAGAGAUUGAGACUUCAGUAGAUCCCAUUUCAUAAUCUUGAUAAUUUGUUUUGGUACCCUACCCAUGUUUCUUUUACCAUUUUUUGAUAACUUGUCAGCUUUAUUCACUUUCUUUCACGAAAUUUAGCUUACGCUAUUUCUUUCAUUCCCAUUGAUUUUGUUUUUAAAUGGUUUCGUUUUAAUGUUUUUACUCCAAGUCCUCUUCAUCAAAGAUCAAAUCUUUAAUUUCCCUUCUAUUUUUCUUUAAUUUAGAUUCCAAGUUUCUUCAUAAAUUUCAAAUCUUGAAUCUUUUUCAAAGUUCUUGCUACUCUUGUUAUUGCAUAGUACGCAAUCUUCUUAAAUUCAACUACAAUGAAUUAUAUUGUUUCACUAGCCUGCUUUCUUUCACUUCAAAUCCUUUAUGCACACUCAUAUUCUACACAACCCAUGAACUGCACGGACACCACACGCCUAUGCACAUCAUAUUUGGCUUUUAAACCUCAAGAAAAUCAGUCUUUAGCAGUGAUCCAAAGCAUGUUUGAUGUGCUACCUCAAGAUGUAACCAUAGAGGACAAUGAUCAUGGCUACAUAUUUAUCAAAAAGAACUGUUCUUGCUUAUUUACGACCAAAGUUUAUGCCAGUAAUAGUACGUUCACAGUGAAAUCAAAUGAGGGUUAUGUGUAUGACAUUGUGAUCAAUGCUUAUGAUGGGCUUGCUUUCCUUCCUAAUACUACAAGACCAGCUAAAGUUGGUGCAGUAAUUUCAUUGAGGUUGUUCUGUGGGUGUUCAAAUGGGUUGUGGAAUUACUUGAUGAGCUAUGUCAUGAGGGAAGAAGACACAGUUGAGUCAUUGUCAAGUCGAUUUGGGGUUAGUAUGGACAGCAUUGAAUCAGUAAAUGGGAUAGGAAAUCCUGAUAAUGUUACUGUUGGCGCUCUUUAUUAUAUUCCUUUGAAUUCAGUUCCUGGCGAGCCUUAUCCUCUGGAGACUGGUAUUCCUCCUAGUCCUGCUCCAGUUCCUGAACCUGCUUUUGACACUUUCUCAGCAAAUACACCAAAGAAUAAGGCACAUGUACCGUACGGAUGGAUCAUAGGGGGCCUUGGUUUUGGUCUUGCACUGAUAAUACUUUGUAUAGCUAUUUGUGUAUGCUUGAAGUCUUCCAGCUGCUUUUCUAAAGCUAAAUCAGAUCAUGCUAAAGACUGUAAUGACAAGAUUUCUCAUAAGUUUCAAAUUCUUCGCAAGCCAAGCUUCUGUUGUGCUUCAGGAAGGUACAUGUCUGGAAAAUCUGGAGACUGGAAGCAAACAAAUGGGGAAUCUAGCAGCCACCACAUUACUAUACCCAAAGCUCUAGGAACGGAUAUGCUUGACAUGGAGAAGCCUGUGGUUUUCACAUGCGAAGAAAUUAUUUCUGCAACUGAUGGAUUUUCUGAUGCAACUCUUACUGGGCAUGGAACAUAUGGUUCUGUAUAUUAUGGCCACCUUCAUGACCAGGAAGUUUCUAUUAAGCGAAUGACUGCUACAAAAACUAAAGAAUUCAUGGCAGAGAUGAAAGUCUUAUGCAAGGUCCACCAUACAAAUCUGGUAGAAUUGAUUGGCUAUGCAGCUAGUGAUGAUGAGCUCUUCUUAAUUUAUGAAUAUGCCCAAAAAGGUUCACUUAAAAGCCAUUUACACGACCCUCAGAAUAGGGGUCACACACCACUAUCUUGGAUUAUGAGGGUCCAGAUUGCACUUGAUGCGGCUAGAGGUCUGGAAUACAUCCAUGAGCACACCAAAACACACUAUGUUCACCGUGAUAUCAAAACGAGCAACAUCUUACUUGAUGGUUCCUUCAGGGCUAAGAUUUCAGAUUUUGGAUUGGCAAAACUUGUUGGAAAAAGAGGAGAGGGAGAAACUACAGCAACAAAAGUUGUUGGUACAUUUGGUUAUCUGGCCCCAGAAUAUUUGAGUGAUGGUCUUGCCACAACCAAAAGUGAUGUGUAUGCAUUUGGUGUCGUACUUUUCGAAAUCAUAUCAGGGAAGGAAGCCAUCAUACGGACUGAAGGUGCAGCGACAAAAAACUCUGAGAGGCGUUCAUUGGCAUCCAUUAUGCUAGCAGCUCUUAGGAACUCACCUGACUCCAUGAGCAUGUCAAGCUUGAAAGAUUACAUUGAUCGUAAUAUGAUGGGUUUAUAUCCCCAUGAUUGUGUAUUCAAGAUGGCAAUGCUUGCGAAACAGUGCGUGGAUGAGGAUCCCAUCCUACGGCCUGACAUGAAGCAAGUUGUGAUUUCACUAUCACAGAUCCUUUUAUCCUCUAUUGAAUGGGAAGCAACUCUUGCUGGAAAUAGCCAAGUAUUCAGUGGCUUGGUCCAAGGAAGAUAAUUUUUGUGCAAGCUCCUUUCAGUUCCCACUCUUUUGCUCUCCUUCCUUAUUUCCCCACUUGAGCCUAUUAUAGUCUUUGUAGUUACGCAUGCAUAGGAGCACUGGUAUUUCAAUAAAGUGGUAAUAUGGUGGUGCUAGUUACAGGUUAUCUAUCUACAUCUUUCUAUCCCUUUUCUCCAGCGAUUGAUUAUUGUAUACAAAUUUUACCUGUGAGUUGAAAAUUUUGAUGUAAUGUAAAAUGUGGUGAUAUAGCUAGUGAAACGUUUGAUUGCUCUUGUCAGACGAUAGUUUGGUAGCUUAAUUGAAGUGGCAGAUAUUGGUUUUAUUCA